CCGAAAACGCGCUAUCUAGAGCAACUGAAGCGGAAGACGACGACGACGAGGAGAGUUUGCUCAAUUUCUUCACCGAAAUUACAAGCUAGGGAAAGAGAGAAUGUCGGGAGGUAUUGCGCGCGGCCGCCUCGCCGAGGAGCGGAAAUCCUGGCGGAAGAAUCAUCCUCAUCUGUUGGAUUCGCUGAGGUCGUUAAA